UAACAAUUUCAUGAUAGUUGUUGGACUCAGGACCUGAAUGACUCUAUGACUGAGUGGUUGUGUGAAUCUGCUUCUUUCAUCAACAUAUGCUGACUGCAACAUUGGAAGACUAAGAACAACUGUGUAGAUUUAUACAGGUACUCAUCCUUCCAGAAAUAAUAGCUGUUAUCCUUUCCUGAGUUCCUGGUUUUGGAUUUACCAAAACUAUUUAUGAAGAUGGCUGAACAUACAACUGAGAAUUCUGUGGAAACAACGCCAUAUCAUGGAGAUAAAAUUUUGCCAGAAGAAGAUAUCAUUAUCAUUAUUAUUGCUGCCAUAUCUUCAAUUUGUCUCUUAGCAGUCAUACUUGCCUGCAUUUGGCGGAAAGUGUCAAAGAGAAAGGAAGAUGAUAUGGAAUCUGAAUUAAAACCUGGGAAAAUUAUUCCAAGGAUAGUAAUCACUCCUGCAAGCGAGGUACCCAAAGAUAUAGAAAUCCUCAUUGAUGGACCGAUUAAGAAUUCAUUAUAUGAUUUAAAUAAUCCAUACAUUUAUUUGGCAAACAGCUGUAAAUAUUUCUAACAUCCUUGGCUCAGAGAUUUUACAAAUACAUGUUUGUAAUACAGAAAUUACAAAUAUGUUUGUUGCAAUUUACAGCUAUAUAUCCAUCAUAAUUUACAGUUACAUAUUUAUCACAAGGAAUAUUUUUUAAUUAAAUUAUACAUCAUCAAGUAGCUGUAAAUAUUUUGUGUGAAAAUUUCCAUUACUUCUGUAUGAAUGUCUCAAAUUACAUAUACAUACCUGUUACCUAUAAAGGGUUCCAAACUAAAAUUGUUAUUAUGUAUAAAUGUAUGUUGCAAAUUGCAGAUUCAUUCAUGUAAAAAGAAGUUGUAAACAGCUGUAUCAUAAAUCUGCAAUAAUGGUAUGUGUCACGAUUUACGGGAACAUUGUAGAUAAUCCUGAGACACAAACAUACAUUUAUAUCACAAGUAACUGAUACAGACCUGUUACAAAUUGGUGACACAUGUGUAUGUCACAAAUCACUGUUGUAGGCGUGUCGUAAAUAACUGAUAUAGAUGUGUUGCAAAUCACUGACAUGUAUAUAUGUCACAAAUAAUUUAUGUAUGUAUGUAUGUAUGUAUGUAUGUAUGUAUGUAUGUAUGUAUGUAUGUAUAUGUGUGCGUGUGUGUGUGAUGUGUGUGUGUGUGUGUGUGUGUGUGUGUGUGUGUGUGUGCGAUUCACAAGAUGUAA